CGGACCACUCCUUGAGGCGUCCACUCGUGGCCUCUCAAAAGAUCCUGAUCGGAAAACUGAUGGUCUUACGUGCUCGAGCGAGAGCUUCGGAGGAUAAACAACCGCAGAAGCCAAUUUGAUCGCCACCGUCGUGCUCUGACAUAGCAUGGUUCAUAUGAGAGCUCUGAACUGUGACCUCUUUCCGAGUAGCCGCUUCGCCCGAGGCUUGUACCGUGACACGAGCGUUAAACGAAGCACUGGCGACGAUCUUGUCUAUCGAAUCGUUCGCUGUAGAGAGUCCCGGGAGAGAGAACGAUGGCGGCGCGAGGAGAGAGGCGGAGUCCCUGCAUUACGGUGCUCGUUGUCCUCACCGGAGGAAGCGGAAUUCGGAGGAAUAACGGGGUUGAGAACAGAGCGGAGAGACGAUGGCGGUGGACGGUUCGAGUAUCUGGCGAAGGCGCACGGAUGGGGAGUGAGGAGGUUGAUUGAAGACGGAGACGAAAUGAGGGCGGUGGCUCGAAUCCAAGCCCAAGCCUUCCAUGAACCGGUGGCUCUCUUCAACGAUCUCUUCUUCCAGUUUUUCGAGGCAGAAGUGCUCGCCGGGCUCGUUUACAAACUCCGAAACUCCCCUUCGGACAGAUACGCUUGCUUGGUGGCUGAGCCCGCGACGAGUGCUCCCAUGCUCGAAGAUGGAGUGGUCGGAGUGGUCGAUGUCACGGUGUUGAGGGAGAAGGCUGUGCUUCGGCACUUACCGGGAGCUGAAGAGUACCUCUAUGUGUCCGGCAUUGCAGUGUCCGAGAGCUUCAGGAGGCGGAAAGUGGCAACCGUGCUGCUCGAGGCCUGCGAUGAGCUCUGCAUUGGAUGGGGCUACCGGUAUCUGGUGCUCCGAGCUCAUGAGGACGAUUCUGGCGCUCGCACAUUGUACGCGAACGCGGGUUAUAGAGUCGUGACUGGGGAUCCUAUAUGGGUCUCUUGGAUCGGGAAAAGGCGACGCGUCCUUAUGAUCAAGAAAAUCGGGUGAAUCAUAGUACGAAAUUCGACUGCUACGCGCGAUUCGCCUCUGCAAAAUUUCAGAGUAGCACAAGACAGAGGAGGAGAUGACAUUGAUCCUACGCUGCGUGCAGUGAGUAUCCUUACAAGUUGGAGGGAUAGGAUGGAAAAUCUCUAAGAUCGCUAUUGAGCACCCUAUUCUGUACUCACUUCAUCCGUGCGAGAAACCAAGUUUGAAUUGGAAAAUUACUACGAACUUUUAGACUAUUCUCGAAUUGACCCGAAAAACAUGUAUCUGUCUCAAUUGAUUCCCCUAUUUUAACUUGUUAAGGACGAUGAUGGUUUUGAUG